GUUGCCAUCUUGCCCUACGACCCGCUCAGCUCCACCGGGCUCAGGUCGCUGUCGGAAAGAAACACGACGCAAUCAUAACUCCAUCCUUCAAAGACGACCCACGAUUCCUCAAGCACACAAGAGCUGCUAGUUGCUUUCUUUCUCCGCGAAAUUUGCAGAGAAACAGAUAAAAGCUGAAUUCUUGAGGGGUUUCAAGAACAGCUGAGUCUCUGAAUCAAGGAGAGGGGAAGAGGGAUCGCUUGGGUUUUUUUGUUUUUUUGGUUUUUGGGGCUUUGUUGUUGUGUAAUGGCGGAAACAUCUUCGCCUUGUUUGGUGCGGUCAUUCUCCCAGCCUUCAUCCAAGUCUUACGACGGGCAUGAGGAUGAUCUUCUUCGGGCACUAACAUCAUCGAUUUCGUUCGGGAGAUACAUGUCAGAAUCAUUGGCUUGGGAGAAGUGGUCUGCAUUCAGUCAUAACAAGUACAGAGAAGAAGCUGAGAGGUACUCCAGGCCUGGUUCUGUUGCAGAGAAGAAAGCGUUCUUUGAAGCGCGCUACAAGAAGAUUGCUGCCAAAAAGGCUGCAGCUUCGGUUGAGCAGCCGAGUGGAGGAGCUGAUGAUAGGGUGAAUCAGAGCUUUGAGUCUGCAGAAAAUGUAAAAGAUGUGAGCACUGGAGAAAUGCAGGGAGAAGAAGUUUCUUCUAAUGCUGAGGUUUCUGUCACUGAUGGGUGUUCUGCAGAAACAGCCAUUGCAAAACAGCCUAUAUUCGAGGGAGUUGAUAGAGGCGUCGAAAAGAAUAGGCCGAGCCAAGAUGAGAAGAUGGGCACAAAGGGAACUGUUGCAAUCGAUGGCUCAUUGGUGUCUCGUGAGGCGAUGGCUCAUUCAUCAAAAACUACUAAACCAUCAUCUAAAUGUGGAUUGCCCAAGCCCCCACUAUCUGUUAAACCACCAUCCAUUCAAUCCAAGAAGACUGAACAUUCUACUACUCCAACGAGUAUUAAGCGCACUGCGAAAGGCUCAGCAAUUAAGAAUCAGUUUGCUCCAAGACCUCUUCAUGUGCCAAUCAACUUUGAGCGCGAUGAACCCAUCAAGAUGAUAUCCUCUCCAAUUCUUCAGAAGAUUGUAAAUUCUAAACUUGUUAGAGCUAUUACUAAUUCAAUUCAAGAGAGCAGAUCUCAAAAGUCCCCUAUUAUGGAAUCUGGCAUUUCAUUGUCAAAGAAUGUAACACCCGAGCCAGAUGUUCGUGUGUGUAUGGGCUCCGAAUCAGCAGAAAAUGUAAACCGUGUGGUCACUGAAGAAAAGCGGGGAGAAGAGUUGCCUAAUGUUGAUGGGUGUUGUGACCAAAGAGGCCUAGAGACUGCUGUUCCAAAGCAAACAGAACAACCUAACAAUCCGGUGGAACCACUGAAGCCGAAGGAAAUUGAUAGAGGCGUUGACAAGAACAUGUCAUACCGAGAUGAGAAGAUGGACACACGGGGUGCUGUUACAAAGGGAGACUCAUUGGUGUCAGAUGAAACAAAAACUCAUUCAUCAACGGCUACGAAACCAUCAACUAAAUGUGGCUUGUCCAAGCACAGACCUGAUAAGCAACCAUCCAUUCAAUCCAAGAAAACCGAGCAUUCUACUCCAAGCCGUUUGCACACAGGCUGCACAAUCAAAUCACAUUCUGCUCCACUAUCGCUUCAUUUGUCUGACAACGUUGAGCACGAUGAGCCCAUCAAACCAUCUUCUCCAAUGCUUCAGCGGAUUGUAAAUUCUAAAUUUGUCAGAGCCAUUACUAAUACAACUCGAGAGAGCAGACCUCAAAAAUCUCCUUUUAGGGGAUCAAGCUAUUCAUCAUUGAAGCAUGUAACAUCAGAGCCAGAAAGCAGAAGGACAAUAACACUACCAGAUUCUUCACUUUCUAGGAGCAGAAUCACCACACCAAGCACUGGCAAUUCAAAAUCUCCAGCUGCACAUGGAAGUAAAACACAACCUUCCACUACAUGUUCUACAUUUGUCUUCAGGAGCGAGGAAAGAGCAAUAAAACGUAAAGAGUUCUAUCAGAAGCUCGAACAAAAGCUGAAAGAGGAGCAGCAGUUGCAAACCAAAGCAAUGAGUAAAAGAACAGGCGAGCCUACAGCAUCGAGUGCAUGUGCCCCAAGGGCUAGACCAAACGCGAGAGUGCAGGAGAAUGGCUCUAGACCACCCUGGCGGCUUCCAGGAAAAUCUGAAAGCCUCAGAGACGUCGUGGGAAAGACUAACAAGCCCGUCAUCCAUUCUACAAAAUUGUUUCUGAAAGAAAGUAGACAUGAAAAUGCUUCCCCAAAUAUCCAACAAUGAGUUUUCAAAAGAAUUUGCAGAACUACAGAUCAUCUGAGCUUGAUAUUUCUCUAAUAUCUACACUUAUCUUUAGUACAUAUAUACGUGUAGCUUAUAAAUAUUGAGGGUCUGGAUGCUCAUAGCAAGCAGACAUAUAGGAAAAACAUGAACUGUUGUUUGCAGUUCCAAUUUACCAAUAUUGUAUGAUUUUGUAAUGCUUAUAUGGUCAUUAAUAUUUCUGCAGAGGUUUACUAAUAUGUAGAAUAUAAUUUGUUUUC